GCACGCGCACAAACACACACACACACACACACACACACACACUGUAGGGUGACACAUCGCUCCGGUUCCCACUGUGCUGCCUUCGCAUGCGUCCCGACCGACUCCUCUGCGUAGCGCCGGCUGCGCCAAGAUGAGCGUGGUCUCUUCGGUACCAUCCAAGCGGUACCACCCCACUGCCUGACUGAGCCGGAGCCACACGGAGACGCUGAGGGAGAGGGAGGACACAAGCUUUCCUUUAUGAAAUCCACCUUUCUGUCGCCUAAAGGACACUGCAGGGCAACGCGUUUGUUGUUUCGGCAUCCUUCCUCGCCCCAUCCUCCUCCUCCUCUUCCUCCUCCUCUUCUUCCUCUCCUCGCCGCAGCCUCCGUUAUUACCGGCCACUCAGUGUGAAGGAGGAACCGGGGAUCCGGGCCCUGAAUUGGUGGAAUUAGAUCUUUUUUUUUUUGUCUUUUUUUCCCCCCCCCGCUGGGUGUUGGGAGCGCGCAGCUGCUGUGCGCCCGUACAGAUUCCCGUGAAUGGUGGAUUUGGCAAACAUGGAGACAGUGGAGAAGGAAUGCGGGGCCCUCGGGGGUCUAUUCCAGGCGAUAGUCAACGACAUGAAGUGCUCCUAUCCUGUGUGGGAGGAUUUCAGCGCCAAGGCCACCAAGCUGCAUUCCCAGCUCCGAACCACUGUUCUGGCUGCUGUGGCCUUUCUGGAUGCCUUUCAGAAAGUAGCAGACAUGGCUACCAACACCAGAGGGGCGACCAGAGACAUUGGUUCAGCUCUCACCAGGAUGUGCAUGAGACAUCGCAGCAUCGAGGCCAAACUUCGCCAGUUCACCAAUGCGCUGAUGGAGAGUCUGAUCACUCCUCUCCAGGAUAAGAUUGAAGACUGGAAGAAGACAGCCAACCAGCUGGAUAAGGAUCAUGCCAAAGAGUACAAGAGGUCACGCCACGAGAUCAAAAAGAAGUCAUCCGACACCAUGAAGCUGCAGAAGAAGGCUCGUAAAGAGAUGCAGGGGCGAGGAGAUCUGCAGCCCCAGCUCGACAGCGCCAUGCAGGAUGUGACCGACCUGUGUCUGUUGAUGGAGGAGACGGAAAAGCAGGCGGUGCGCCGCGCUCUGGUGGAGGAGAGAGGGCGCUUCUGCACCUUCAUCGGCUUCCUUCAACCUGUUGUGAACGGAGAGCUGGCAAUGCUGGGAGAGAUCACCCACCUCCAGGCCAUCAUCGAUGACCUCACUGUGCUGACAACGGAUCCCCACAAACUGCCCCCCGCCAGUGAACAGGUGAUCAAAGACCUGAAAGGGUCGGAUUACAGCUGGUCCUAUCAGACCCCUCCAUCGUCCCCGAGCAGCUCUGGCUCACGGAAAAGCAGCAUGUGCAGCAGUGUCAACAGCGCCCACAGCAGUGCCUCCCGUUCGUCAGGGGGAGGCGUAGGUGUGGGUAGUAGUGGAGGAGGCUCCCAGCCACACUCACCCUCCUCCUCCUCCUCCUCCUCCUAUCGCUACCGCAGCAGCAUGCCGCAGCAGCCUCCGCCACCAGGGGGCAUCGCAGCCCACCGCCUCAGCAGCGUCUCCUCCCACGAUUCAGGCUUUGUGUCCCAGGAUGCAAACAUCUAUUCCAAGCCUCCCUCGCCAAUGCCCUCAGACAUCACCAGUCAGAAGUCCUCCAGCUCUGCAUCAUCAGAGGCUUCAGAAACGUGCCAGUCAGUCAGUGAAUGCAGCUCCCCCACCACUUUUGGCUCGUCCUUCGCUACCUUCCGCCCUGCUCUCUCUCACCCUGGCUCCACCAGGCCUCUCUCUGUCAUUCUUCCUGUUCCUGCGUCCCCACCCUAUAUCCGCCCCCCUGGAUCCAGCUCCUCCUCUCCCACAUCAAAGGUUCCCAUGUGGAAGGACUGGUCCAAAGCAGGUCAGUAUGAGCAGCCUAUGGCCGCUGCACCGGUUCAGAGGAGAAGGGAUGCUGUGGAUAGGCUGAGGGAGAGCGAGGGCUCGCCGGGCUCCCAGGGACACGCCGCAGCGUCACACCCAGAGGAUGCGCAGAGGCCCCGGAUGACACCAGCUACCAUUGCUGCCAAGCAUGGCGAGGAGGUUUCUCCAGCAGCCAGUGACCUAGCCAUGGUGCUGACCAGGGGACUGAGCGUGGAGCAGCAGAAAAGCAGCCGUGACUCCCUGCAGUACUCCAGUGGAUAUAGCACAGAGACAACAACCCCUUCCUGCUCCGAGGACACAAUCCCUUCACAAGGUUCAGAUUACGACUGCUACUCUGUGAAUGGUGACACCGAGGGCCCAGAUGGCCAGGCAGAGUUUGACAAGUCCUCCACGAUUCCUCGCCAUUCCAACAUUGCCCAGAACUACAGGCGCAUGAUCCAGACCAAAAGGCCAGCCAGUACAGCUGGCCUGCCCAGUGGGGUCCUUGGUCCAGGAGCUCAUGGGAUACCAGGACAACCGGGUGGAGCUGGUGGCGGAGGAGGAUCAGGGACUCCGGGCACUGCUACUAUCCGUCGAACCCCAUCGACCAAACCAGGAGUGAGGCGUACUCUGUCCAGUGCUGGGCCCAUCCCCAUUCGACCACCCAUAGUGCCUGUCAAAACACCCACUGUCCCUGCAGACUCGCAUUCACCUGGCUCCGGUGGCUAUGGGGGAGGAGGGCAAGCAGGUGGCGUGCCUGUUCGAGUGGGAAGUGAAGAGUGCGUGUUCUUCACCGGGACUGAGGAUGGGCAAGGAGGGCUGGAUUAUGUGAAGGCAUCCCCAAAGCGCCUCAGCCUACCCAACACUGCCUGGGGGUCAGGGGCGGCGCUAGAGGUCUAUGCCCAGCAACACGGGAGCCUCGGCAUGGCGUCGGGCUCAGGAGCGGGAUCAGAAGAGGAGCAGAUGAUUGCAGCAAACCGGCACAGCUUAGUGGAGAAAAUUGGCGAGUUGGUAGCAAGCGCGCACGCCCUUGGCGAGGGUCAGUUCCCUUUCCCCGCUCUCCCAGAUGACCCAACCCCAACGCCAGGUGGCUUGAGUGAAACUCAGACAGCGAUGGAAGGGACGGAGGGGUCUGGUGACAUGCUGACCACAAUCAGGAGGGGAGUUCGCCUUCGUAAAACGGUAUCUAACGACCGCUCAGCUCCCCGUAUAUUGUGAUUAGUGGAAAAAGCUGAAAGGAGAAGGAUGGUUGUAAGCUAAUAGAAGGUCAAAUGUUGGUGUGGUAGUACCCAACCACCUAGUUCAUACACAAAAAAACAUAACCAUGUCGGAAAAGCUAUAACAUACAGGAAGAUGAAUAAAAACGAAACACAUGCAGAAAAUGUUUAAAGACAUCUUUAGAGUAAAUGAUAUACAUUCUAAUAUAAUUACGAUAACAUAAGUAACCUUAACCGAUGCUGACAAUACAAGUGAAAAACUUAAUAUUGACUGGCUCCUAGCAGGCCACUAUAACUAGUGUGUGUUGGACGCAUGUUUGUCUUCUAUACACCCUGGACCAGGGAUGGAGAAAAACAGAUUUUUAAAUAAAUGAAGGCAAAGAAAGAAGAACGCUGGGUUCUGUUCUGUUUGCCGACGUACCUUCCUCCCUAUCUUGUUGCCCAACUAACCCAGCUGACCGAUCCCAGAUGAAAGACUGAUGACUGAAGGGAGGGGCUGAUGAGGACCAGAGAGAUAGAGGUGGGGGGGACUCAUAUUGCCUUGUGACCACCUCGAAUUGAAGCCAGGGUGUCUCGGCAACAACGCACUGUGCUGACAAGGCCACCAGACUGCUGGGUACGAGUACGGGGAGCUAACAAACCAGAGGGACGCUCUGGUUCACCCCUGAUGUAAAAACAGUGUUGGCAUUGAGCCGUACUUGUUGCCCCUAUCCCCUCUCUCUCUUUCUGCUCGGUGUGUGCGUGCAUUGGUAUGCAUGUGGGAAAAUGUACAAUGGAGCGCGCGUGUGUGUCUGUGUGCGAGCGGGGUGGGUAGAGCUCUGCUGCAGGACAGCUGGUUACCCAACGAGGGCAGGGCUUUUUUUUUUUUUUUUUUUUUUUUCUCCUGUGUGUCGUGUGCGUAUUUUCUGGUUUAUAUCGUGACGUCGUUUACCUUGUUACCACUGUAUGGGAAGUUCCGAGACGUAAUCCGGGGCGUAUAGAUAUAUUCAUAUAUAUUUUCUAGAAGCAGAUAAAAAGAGAAAAAAAGAUGUUAAAUCAGAAAUGGAGCAAUAAAUGUGUUUUAUUUUCUUGUUUCGAGGAAGCGGUUCGAUUUGGAGGAUUGCAGGUUCUCCCUUUGUCCCAUUCAGGCAAUCAUCAGGAAUGCUAAAUUACACAUCGACUGUGAAUUCAUGUGUUUUUCAUGCGCCUCUCUCUCUCUCUCUUUCUUUGUCCCAAUUUCUUUUUAGAAAAUAAAGUGGAUUACAAAAAUUUGAAAAAAAAAAGAAAAACUAAGCACUUUGGUGAGAGUAGAGUCUGUACAAUAGCCAGUAGAUUUUGCUGUAGUCAUGCUGUGUGUUGGGGGGUGGGGGUGGGCGGGGGGGUCAGGUUGGGAUGAAAGCAGUGACUGUGUCCUGAGGAAAUCAUUUAUUAUGUGAAAGUAGAAGAAGACAGGGAGGGGCAAAGAGGAUGUGAAGAAGUCUGGUAGCACUGGAGUGAUUGGUUAAAUGCGAGACGGGUUCGGAAAGUGUGCGAAAAUUUUCAUCUGAAGCUAGAUGAGGUGUUUCGGCCGUACAAACCACUGCCUGUUGUGUGUUGGGAAUGACACUGAAAUGUUUGCGUGCACGGGUAUUUUAAGGACGAAGACAUACUGGAAAAAAUACAAUGUUCUGUUAAAUGAGAUGAAUUUUGGAGACAUCUUUCUAAGCGUCGGUCAUCCAAAUAAGAAUUUUUAAUGAGUUUA